AUGGCCACCAAGGCACAACAAUUACAGGCAAUGUUCGCCCGGCGACGUGAAAUGGAACACAUGCACAUCGAACGCACCCAGGCCGUGAAUAAAUACUACGAUCAUUGGGGUAAGGUGACAUCACGUUUUGAAAAUUGGACCACACCUGAAUAUUAUAAACAGGCUGAGGAAAAAUUGCAACGCGACAAAGAAGAAAAACAGAAACAAAAACAAUUGGAAGAACGUCGUAAAAAAUUAGCAGAACUUUUAGAAAACGAACAAGAACAAUAUAAUGCAGAGCUAAAAGAUAGACAACGUAAUCGCAAAGUUCGGUCAGUGAGCACCACAACAUUGGAAAAAAUCAAUGACAAUUUGAAAGAACAACAGGCGAUACGACGUAAAUUGGAAUUGGAGGCAAAGCUCUACGGUAAAUGGCGUCAUGGUGUGGAUGAUGAAAAUCUGAUUUUCGAAUCGAAAAGUGAUCAUGAGGUGAUUGCGAAACUAAAUUGGCUGGACAAACAGGUGGAGAAUCAGUUGGAACGGGAAAAAGAAGAGAUGGAAAAUCGUGAACGUAAUCUACGGCUUCAAGCUGAACAAAAUCGUGCCGAAGAGCUGCACAAGCAACGUCAGGAAAUACGUCAAAGGGAAAUAGAAGAGAUCCGUGCCCUGCAGGAGACUCAUAUGGAACAAUUGCAGGAACAUCAGAAAGAAUGUGAGCAUCUCAAGGAGGCGGAACAAAAAAUCCGCGAAAAUAUUGAAGAAUUGGAAAAGGAAUUAGAGCUGCUCGAUGAAAGCUAUGCAGUUCUGCAACAACCUUCCAAUUUUGGUGGUGCCUACAAUUUAACUAAAAUUAAAGUUUUUAUGCGUAAACGUUCCGAGGUCUAUCGUAAUCACAUUAAAUUGUGUAUUUGCAUUUUAGAACGCACCUCCGCCUAUGCUUCCAAAUCAGAUAACCUGCUAGAGCUUAAAAAGAAACUUAGUCAAAAAUUGGAUUCCGAAAUGUAUACCCUAACACAAAUUGAUGGCAUGUAUGAAUCAGAAGCGAAAUAUAAUCUCCAUCGUUGUGAAGAACUGUGGCAAUCACAGGCCGCGGAACGUUAUAAGGAACUUAAGGAUGCUCUGAAUAUGGAACGUAAUUCCAAGGGUAAACUGUUAAAUGAUACUUUGGAACGUCAAAAUGAAUUGCUGGAUAUACGCACAACUCAUCUCAAUGCCAUUGAGAGUACCAGCGAAAAAUUGAAACAACUUAUAAAGGAACAAGAAGAAUCUCCUCGUGGUGUGCUAUGUGUCUGUACACCAAGAAGUGCAGAUGAGGAGGAUGCAAAGAAAUCUGCCGACUCUACACCAAGAAGUUGUCAAUUAAAUCUUCCUUCCUCUAGAUUUGUUAGACCACAAUCUUGUCAGACCACUGCCUCAAGGGUAGAUUCUUAUCACAAAGAUGGAGAUAAUUCGGGAAAUCGUUAUGUCGAUAACAUUUCGAAAACAUUCCGUGAUCUUAAUCUGGAUGUGUGGGAGACAAUGGCACCAUCACCCCGCGAAUUGGAUAAUCAACGUCUGGAGGCCCAACGUCCACUGCGUGUGGUGACAGCUGAUACUGCUGAAAGGCCUCGAUUUGGUCGAAAACGUGUUGCCUGGACUUAG